CAAUUUUCUCACACCCACUUGCGGACAUAGCUAUGAAUGUCAAUUCAACCUUUCUUUGCUUCAAUUACGAUCCGUUGAAGAGAAGUUAUAAUACCAUUUCAAGAGCGAGCCCCAGAGAGUCUCCUUAUGAAGUUCUAGGGGUUUCACCUUCUGCAACAGCUAAUGAGAUCAAAAGGGCUUAUAUGAAACUUGCACUGAAGUAUCAUCCUGAUGUUAAUAAAGAGGUAAGGAUAGGUUGUCACUGCAGACUAUUUGGAUUGCCUUGUGAUGUUCUUUCAUUGAGUUCUUGAGUUACUUGUGGGAGUGAAGAUUCCAUGAAGGUGGCAGAUUUGAUGAUGAUGUUUGUCAAUAACUGGUUCAAACACCCAUUUAGGACUUUCAUUCUGGUUAGCGGUCAUUGUAAUUUCAACAGAAAAGGGGGAAAACAAUCACAGGACUGAAAACCCCAAGUCCCCAAGACUGUUCACUCUUUUGCUACAGAUUAAAUUUUAAGCCAGUUAUUGAUGAUAAUCAUGGAAUAAUUUUCUUAUUAUAAUUUCUGAAGCUACGAGGAUAUUAUUAUCUGACAUACCCAAAAAAUUCAUUCCUUAAGCACAAGAUGGCAUAUAGAAUGCUUGGACAGUGCUGAUUUAUGCAUAACCACUGAAUACCACAGGUAACGUCUCAUUAUCUGGUGAACUGAAAAUGUUUCUUGCAAAUUCUACA